AUUUAAACUGGCUAGGGUUUAGUUCAUACUCUGGUAGAAGCACGAUUUUCAAUCAGAACUGUGAAGCGAAGCAAAAGCAAAAGCAAAAGCAAAAGCAAUGGAUUCGUUCUCGCAUUCGCCGAGUGGAUCACCGAGUAAAGUAUCCGCGCAAGAUCUCCAAAACCAGUUGAAAAGUCAACUUGCGAUGGAGUAUGCUCAACAAUUUCUUGAGACAGUGAGAGGGAAGUGUUUCGAGAAGUGUAUCACAAAACCUGGUUCAAGCCUCAGCGGGAGUGAAAGCAGUUGCAUCUCAAGGUGUGUGGACCGAUACAUUGAGGCCACAGGCAUAAUUAGCAAAGCGUUAUUUAGUGGUCAAAAAUGAAAAUGGGCAACCUCCAUUUACAUUGAAUCUUAAAGAUUGCUCUAGUUUCUGGAACCAAUUUACUUUGGGGAUACUCCUUCUAUUCCCUCUAUAACAGUCAAUUUUUAUGCUUCUAUUUUAUUAUACACUUAGUGGAUGCCCCGUGAAAUUCACGGUUAUUUUUAACUCUUUAUCCUUAGUACUUGUAUUUUUCUAUUACACCUCUUUUAACUUUACGAACUUAUGUCCUAAUAAUGAUGGGAAAGUGUGAUCAUUCGCCUCUGA